AUGGCAAAACAAAUAUUCUUACUAGACGACCCUAAAGCUGGCAAUGGUUGGAAAGUUGUUCAGAAGAUUGAUCGAAGAGGGCUAUAUGAUAUUCCGGAACUAAAUCAAGAUAACAACGACGACAACAUCGCUGACCAACAGUUAUCAUUAGCUGGAGUUCCCGAAUUCGAAAUACCAAUAGAGUCAAUUUCAAUUGACCUUGGUGAUCUACCACGAUACAAUGCACCGGAAGAGGCAAAUGAAGAUGAGGAUGAAUGGAAAUCCGAAAAUGAUAGUAGUGAGGAUAACGAGAGGACUUUCCACACUCUCCUCCUAAAGUUGGUAAGAAUUAUCUUGUAUCUUUUCCGUAGUUAUCUCUCUGUGCCACCCAAUCUACGAAUUCAUGUGCUACAUGAUUUGUUUUCCUUUGGAUGUUAUGCUUGUGUUGCAGGUGAUGAUUUUUGGUUCCAGGAUCCAAACGGAGAUCCGAUGGGAGUUUAUUGGUUACAAGGUGUUCAUAUGAUCCAUUGUGCCUACAACAGCAUGUGGAUGGGUCAGAUCAUACAUCCCGAUUGGGAUAUGUUCCAAUCAGACCAUCUGUGUGCCAAAUUUCAUGCAGGAUCUAGAGUUAUCUGUGGAGGUCUGGUGUAUGUAAGUGACUCAGUCUCUGGCCAUGAUUUUGAUCUCAUUAAGAAGCUUGUUUACCCGGAUGGUACCAUUCCCAAGUGCCAGCAUUUUGCCCUCCCCACUAGGGACUGCCUCUUCAAAAACCCUUUAUUUGACAACAAAACUGUUCUUAAAAUUUGGAACUUCAACAAGUAUGGUGGUGUGAUUAGAGCUUUCAACUGCCAAGGGGCUGGUUGGGACCCCAAAGAGCAAAGGAUCAGAGGAUACUCAGAGUGCUAUAACCCGAAAUCUUGUUCACUGCAUGUUUCCGAAAUUGAAUGGGACCAAAAGAUAGAAGCAACACAUAUGGGCAAGGCUGAAGAGUACGUAGUCUAUCUCAACCAGGCUGAUGAACUCCGCCUAAUGACCCUGAAAUGUGAUGCAAUUCAAGUUAUUAUCCAGCCAUCUUCGUUCGAGCUUUUCAGCUUCGUGCCAAUUAAAAAGCUCGGACACAACAUCAAAUUUGCACCAAUUGGACUUACAAACAUGUUCAACAGUGGAGGUGCCCUCCAAGAGUUGGAGUACAAGAGUAGUGCGGCUGAGGUUAGUGCCAUGGUGAAGGUCAAAGGUGGAGGCAAUUUCUUGGCCUACUCAAGUGAGUCUCCAAAGAAAUGUUAUUUGAAUGGUGCUGAAGUGGCUUUCGAGUGGUCGGCCGAGGGUAAACUGGCUCUGAACCUUGCGUGGGUUGAAGAAGCUGCUGGCAUUUCUGAUGUGGUUUUUCCUUUUUUGAUAAUUAAUUAGUUUCUAAUUAACAUUGCUUAGGGUCUAAGAGUGCGACAAAUUUGUAUAAGAAACAAUGUAUUUAUUUGGUCCUGUAUUCUGUGUACUUAAUCCAAACUUCGUAAAGAUUUUAUUACUGCUUU